AUUGUGCAACACGGAAAAUUGUCAAAAUUCUCAGUUUCCAAAUAAUUUUUGGAAUUAAGCAUACACAAAUCUCGGAAACUAAACCACCGACACUUACCAGUCGUUCACCUAUCGAGGCAGCACACUCGGUUUGGAUUAAUUCGCUCCGCAACGCGAUUAAUUAAACUGAUCCGAAGCGAACAUACGAAGGAGUUGAAAACAAAUGCAAAUUACACACAGGCUUUUCCGUUGUUUAGAAUGAAUUGAUUUUCCGGGCAACUACUACAUAGCGACAGGUCGGAAAACGGAAAAACAAACAAGCCGGCGAGUUGCCCUUGACAGCAGGCAAAGAGCAACAAUUCAAUUCGCACACAAAUCUGGAUAGAAACCCAAAUCAUUUUGGCCUCCCAGUAAAUUUCGGUUGGAAAAAUGCUGUUCCAAAGGAUUUUCACACGCGCGCUUCACUCCACGCGGCAGCUUUAUGCCGGCUCUGGCGGAUCCGGUGGCCUGGAGAAGAGUGCCCUGGCGGCCCUAAGGAAGAAGACCGGAUACACCUUCGCCAAUUGCAAGAAGGCGCUGGAGAAGCACAACAAUGACGUCGGAUUGGCUGAGAAGUGGCUGCACGAGCAGGCCCAGACGCUUGGCUGGUCCAAGGCCACCAAAGUCGCAGAUCGAGCCACUGCACAAGGUCUGAUUGGAGUGCUCAUCCGCGGUAAUCGGGGCGCCAUGGUCGAGCUGAAUUGCGAGACGGAUUUCGUAGCCAGGAACGAUACCUUCAAGCGGUUCGUUGACCACGUCGCCCGCAUGUGUCUGCACUACACGGACUUGACGGACUUCGAUGGAGAUCUGUGGAAGCUUGGCUUCGAUUCGGACGCCCUCAGAAACUUGCGCACGGAAGAGGGACGCACGCUGGGCGACCACCUGGCCCUGCUGAUCGGCGCCAUCGGGGAGAAUGCCACCAUCCGGCGGGCAUUGUGCUUUAAGGCUAACAACGACCUGAGGCUGGUGGGCUACGCCCAUCCGGCACCCACCAAUGUGGGCUCCACGGAAGGCAUCACCCAGGUGGGCAAGUACGGAGCAAUCGUCGCCUACCGAUCUACGCACACCCUGCUGGACUUCGAAUUUCACAAGAGCAUUUGCCAGCAAAUCGUGGGCAUGAAGCCAACGAAGAUCGGCGAGUAUGACAAGGACAAGCCGGCGGAGAACAAGGACGAUGAGACGUGCCUGAUUCACCAGGAGUAUCUGCUCGAUGCGGACAAGACGGUGGGCGAGGUUUUGCAGGAGUACAACUGCGAGAUCGUCGACUACCAUCGGUUCGAGUGCGGAGAGCAGACGGAACGCAGCCUGGAGGCGAUCAUCCGCUCCCAGCACCAGAGCAGCAAUUAACUAGCCAUUAAGCAGAGUCUAGAUCACUAAAUUGUUAUUAGCACACCCGCUGAAAGAUUGUUAAAAACGAAAUUCUGGACAAUGUUCUGGUCAAAAUUUGCAUGUGAAACAAGUAAAACAACCACUACGAUCAGA